AUGCAUCCUCUCAACGACGCCUCUUCCUCCUCCCGCUUCGUCGUCACCAUGACCUUCACGUCGGAGAGGUUGAACUUCGUUACCUCGCGCUUCUCGCCGUCGUUGUCCUCUUCUGUGGACUGUCGGAGCGAGGAGACGCGCUUCACGAUCGCAGCGGAAAGGUCGCUGCUCCGCUGGUGGGAAAAAAGCUUCCGACGGAGAAGCCCGGUAGAGCGACGUCGUUUUGGUUUGAUUGGAAAUCGUGUGGCACGACUGGUUGGUAACUGUGAUUUUGGGUUGAAGCGAAACAAGGAUUGUGUUGGUUAG